AUGCUGUCUGGCGAUUCGCUCCGCCGCAGCUUUCGCCACGCGGUGGUCGAGUCGUCCUCGCUCCCACCUGCUGAGCGCCUCAUCAUGUACGACGCGUGCGACUCCCAAGAGGUCUCGCAGUCGCUGGGCGGCUCUGCGGGCUACCGCAAGCGCCUUGACGCCCGGCGCGGCAACAAGCCCAAGAAGGCCGACAACCAGCGGGACGUUUGCACCCCGUUUGACCACGCCGCCUUCAAUUUCAGCAAGAUCUCCAACCAGCGCGAGAUUUUGGCGGUGCUCCCGGAGUACAACAUUCUCACGAACCGGUUCCCGCUCUUCCCGGGGCACUGCCUGCUAACGGCCAAGGCACUCGUGCCGCAGCAGCUCUCUGCGACGCACCUCUCCGCCAUCGUCCGCCUCGUCUCCCACUCCGGCUUCUCUGCCUACUUCAACUCCUGGUGCGCCUCCGCGUCCGUUAACCACUUCCACUGCCACUUGAUCGACGAGCUUCCGCCGGUGGCGCAGCAGCGGCUCGUCUCUGGCCCACGCGUGCUGGGCGAGCCGACCCUCCGCCCGGCCGAGAGCAGCGGCUCGUGCUACGUCUUUGGCGCCUCGCAGCUCGGCCUCGUUGGCCGCGCCGUCUCGGCCAUGCAGGCGGAGAACCAGCCGCACAACCUGCUCUUCACGCCGCUGCACAUCUACGUCUGGCCAAAGCCUCUGCAGCGGCCGGCGCGCUCGUUCGACCUCUACCCCGAGACGGUCGGCGGUCCCGAGCUGGUCGGCUCCUUCACCGUGUACACGGAGCGCGACUUCGCCAAGCUCUCCGCCGCGGCAGCCGACGAGCUCGUCCGCAUCAACACCGCGCCGCUGCCGGAGCGGCUGCUCAGCGGCGGCGACGAUACCCGCCCCGCCACGGCGCCCGCGGCGGUAGAGGCGGCCUCCUCCUCGUCCGACGAGAGCGACAGCGAGGCCGGCCCGCCCCCGAAGCAGCCGCGAACGGCGGUGCGGGCGUGCCAGUCGCUCGACAGCUUGUCGCUCGUCAAGCUGCUCCGCUCCGGCAGCGGGCUCGACGAGCUCGCGCUGCCGCUCGCGCUGAGCAAGUCGUGCCUCAACCGCUCGGGCGGGCUCGAGGUGAGCUAG